AUGGAAGAGAACUGGCCGCAGCGUGCUAGUGUCGAUGAUACAAAGGACGCCCCGGAGGCGUACAAGUGUAAGUACAUUACUCUGGAAGAUGCGUUGGGUGACGGUAAUUUCAGCGUUGUCAGAGAAUGUAUGAACAUCGAGACGAAGGAGACGUACGCCAUGAAGCUCGUACGUAAGAAACUGGUCCAUGACAAAAUACAACUGAUUCAACGUGAGUUCACGCUCUUGAAACGUCUGUCCAAGCAGAUACGGUAUUUCGAAAACAUCCCCGGUGGGGACAGUACUAUCCAGGAGGGCCAAGUGUUCUUGGGGCAUCAUCAUAUCUUGCAGCUGUUUGACUACUUCGAGACCUGCGACAACAUUGUGCUGAUUACACAACUGUGUGCGAAGGACGACUUGUACGAGAAGAUCACGCAGCACAAUGACACACACCUGGAGCUGAAAACACAAGUAGUACCAUACACGGCUUGUCUCGUCAGUGUGCUGGACUUUCUUCACAGACAGGGUGUAGUGCACCGGGAUAUCAAGGCAGAAAACGUCCUGUUCCGUACGAGCAAGGCCCCCAACGGGGAUCCCUCACCACCACCGGGAGAUAAGGCUGACUAUGACGUUACUGCACACGAUCUCAUAUUGGGUGAUUUCGGACUGGCAGUAGACAUGUCGCAAUUGGAUAAGAACUCUAGCUCACUGAAGGAGUACGUGGGGACUAUCUCGUACAUUUCUCCCGAGAUUGUAAAGUGUAAAGGGAUUGGGGCCAUGGACUCAAAUGAGAUAGCACAAAUCGAUACCUACGGCACAGAAGUGGACAUAUGGGCUCUCGGGGUUUUAGUACUUCAUGGCAUUUUGGAUACACCCCCGUUCGACUGUGAAACAGACGAGGAGACGUUGGAAUGCAUCGCUAAAUGCGAUUACUACAUUGAUGAAGAGAAGGUGAACGACCCAGAGUACGAACAUUUUUGGAACUUUAUACAGUGCUGUUUCGUAGAAUUCCCCAAGGCAAGACGUACUUCCCGUAGUCUAACAAAACAUCCCUUCAUCAGAAGGUUUUUCGUUAAGGAUACUACAAAGGAGUCCCAGGACGAGGAGUUCCCACCAGCGCUUGUCAAACAUAACUCGCUGACAGCGUUGCACACUUUGAAAUCGCCAUUGAGAAGAAACGGCUCCUCGCUGUCCACGCACUCGACAACGAAUUCCAGUGCGAACUCGUCAAGGGUACCAUCGCAGGCAAACUUAAUAUCAAUAGCGAAUAUUACCCCACCUGACUCGCAACCACUAGAUGUCUUGCCCACUGUCCAGGAUAUAAACGUGACAAAACUGAGAAAUAGUCUGAGAAAGACUUUGUCGAUGACUUCGAUGAAAACGAUGGGUCAAAAGGUUAAGGAACCACCACAACCAAACAAGUUGGCGAAAACCUCUGUCAAUUCCAUGCAUUCUACGUUUUUCCUGGAUCCACAACCGCCCUCAGAUUCCCUAAUGAAUGGCUGUUUCUGUGAGACCCCAAAGACAUUGUCGAAUUUCAAUACAACACCGAAAUCUUCUGUGUCAUCAACAAGAGAGAACUCUUACAAGAACGUUAAGGCGGCAUAUUUUGAUCUGAACUUCGACAAGGAAUGA